ACGGCUUUGUUGAUCUAAUCUUUUAUGCAUUCGUUCUUGGCAAUUGACACCAUCCAUGGUUUAUGUUCUGUCUAACCUAAUUUUUUUCCAUGUCUGUUUCCCCAGAGCAUGUAGUUAGGGUGGCGGCGGUGGCCCGAUUUCUUUGCCGAUGGAUCUCAAACCAUUCAAAUUGGACAUUGAUGAACUCAUAAAUGAGUUUGCUGAGAACAAAUUGACAGCUCUGGCCGAUAUGAAAAGAAUAUGGCUUUCAAGGAAGUUCUCCUUCAUAUUCGAGGCGAGUCCUUCUACAAACUUGGCUUUCUUUAUGCAAUCACUUUAUGCUCAUUCAAUUGGUUACAUGAUCUCUACUGCUUCUUUAUCACAUAGAUUGGGUGGUCUCUAUUGCCUUUACUGCCUCUAUGAGGUUCAACCAUUCAAACCUCCUUUCAAAAUCUAUUUGUCUAUUGGGGAGCUGAAGAGGCUAAGAAUCCUUGUUAUUGAGGCGAAAGAAGAGAGCAUAAAAGUAGUGCCUGCUCUGGUAAAAAGGAUGCUAGAAAAGAAUAUGUUCCUUUUUGGAUUUGUGGACAUAAAUGUUGGCUCUGUAACAGAGAGGGUGAAUGAGCUUACAGAUAUGCAGAAUGCGCGUGUUCAAGUCGCAUAUAAGACGUUGUUUGCGAAGACACGGAUUGAGCAGUUCAUCCACAUGGACUUGGGUAAGGAACUUGACAUUGAUGAGAUCAAGAAAUUGUCGACAGAUUAUGCAGCGGCCAAGGAAGUGGCAAUCAGAGAGGCUAGCGAUCUGUUGGAUGUCCAAAACAUCAAGCACAUAGCUGAGAACAAGAAAUUGGUUGGAGAGGUGGUGGAGAAGACUGCUCAAGACUGGACAGUCCAGAAAGAAUUGUUUUACCAACAAACGGGAUUGGACCCGCGUAAUGGCGGUGGACCCCAAUUACCGCAAGACAAUGAGAAUUUUGAACAACAGAAAGAUGAUGUUAACUUUGGACUGGAAGGGAAUGAACCCCAUGAGGAACCUGAAUUCCAUGGAUUUCUUGAACUGAUGGAGGAUGAUGACAAAUUUGGCGAGGAGCUAGAAAGACAGAUACUAUUUGGUGACGAACUAGAAGAAUAGUUAAGUCUUUUCUGAGGAGCCAAAACAAGAGUUGAUGUUUUUGUGAUGGUUUGAGUUUAUAAUGGAAAUGGUUAGUUGCUUACUGGAUAUGUUUCUGUGUCUAGAACCAUAUUUGUACAAAUUAGAGAGAGGUAUCAUGAAGUUAUGGGGAUUUUGUUCUUCACUUGUUAUGACAUUCAACUCAGCUAGUUUGAGUUCUGCUAGUUUUUAAUUUGAACUGAAUUCACGGUUGGUGCAAUAAAAGUUGACAGAAUGCAUCAGAUUUGCA